GGCAAAGGCAACGGCGGCUUCCCCCUUCCCUUCUCCUACCUCCUGUUCUUCCUCCUACCUUCAUCUUCCUUCACUAAUUCCUUGAAAAAAAUCAAGGAAAAGAAAAUAAACGAACAGAUAAGACCUGGGGCUACGUGGCUCAAUCUGUUCCACCAAUCCUCCGCAGCAGGCGACGACAGCAUAUCGGCGGCAGCGACAGGGCACGUCCAUCUUCCCUUGGACCGGCGGCGGCGACAGGGCACGUCCAUCUUCCCUUGGACCGGCAGCGGCGCUGGAGCGCACAGCCUAUGGUUUAUCAACAUGGAAGGGGAUAACAGUGUUGUGAAAUUCACUAACCAGCCGGUAAUCAUUAAGAAGAAAGAAGUAACUAAGAAGAAACAAUCUGGAAAAGCAGUUGCGUCCAAUGGAAAAGAGGCAAAGAAGACAAAGCAGAAGUUGCGUGAUGUUGUACUAGGAAAAAGUGUUGCAGAAUCUGCAAGUGUCGGUUGUGCUUUGAUGGAAGAAUUUGAUCAGUUUGUGGAACACCAAAGUUUGAGCAAAAGAACUGAGGAACUGACUGAGAGUCAAGAAGCUGAAAUGGGGUUUAGCUUGUUUGGUGCUAUUGAGAAAGAAGUUGAAGAAGGUGCAAGAAAUAUCAUGAGCCAAGAUUUUGAAAUAUCUAAUAAUGAUGAACAAUAGUGCAAGUGCUGACAAGAGUAAAAAGGACCGGAGGGAGUAACUAUGAAAGAAAUUCUGACAGUGAAGAUUCUAAUGAAGAUUCAGUAGCUUGUGCUGGUAGUGAAGAUUAUGUGUUCCCUACACCAGAAGAAGCGGAUAGUGCUAGUAGACCAGAAGUUGGUAUGGUCUUCUCAACAUUGGAUGAAUCGCUCCGGUUUGCAAAUGUAUAUGCUCAGUUGAAUGGUUUCGCAUUGAUAAAAGGGAGGAAUUACAAGAAUAGGAAAUUGUAUUUCCAGUGCAACAAAAGUAGGAAAAGACCAAGUGCCAACAGUGGUUUGAGGAAAAGGAAAAGAAACAUCAUUGAAGGCACAAAUUGUCCGAUGAAUAUUAUAGUUAAGUUGGUGGAUGACAAGUGGCACAUUGCAUCAGUUUCUCUUGAGCAUAACCAUGAUCUAGUGAGCUCUCCAUCACUUACAAAAUUUUUCUUAAGCCACAGAAAUAUGAAUGAGGCAGAGAUAAUGUUGUCCAAGUUGCUUCAAGAACACAGAGUGAAACCUAGAAGAAGCAUGAUUAUAUUCUGAAGGCUCUGUGGUGGGAAGUUGGGAAACAUUACCUUUGAUGUGAAGAAGCUAGAUAACUUGAAACAGGGAGAACGGAUCCGUAAGGAGAACACAGAUAUUGAAUGGGCAUUGCAGUAUAUUGAUAAGCUUCAAAUUGAUACUCUUGGUUUCUGCUACAGGUUGCAAAGAGAUACAUACAACACUGUUCUCAGCAUAUUCUAGACGGAUGCUGGAUCCCGAUUGAACUACAGGUUGUUUGGUGAAAUAAUCUCAUUUGACACCACUUACAGCAAAAACAAGUAUAACAUGCCUUUUGCACCUAUAGUUGGAAUUAAUGGCCAUGGUAGAACAAUUGUUUUUGGUUGGGCCCUAUUGCAAGAUGAGACUUCAGACACUUUUGAAUGGCUCUUUCAAAAUUUUAUGGAGGUAAUGCAGUGGAAGAAACCAAGAAUAAUAUUGACAGACGAAGAUGCAGGGAUGAAAGCUACUAUUCCUAAAGUAUUUCCAGAUGCUAGACAUAGGUUCUAUCUUUGGCAUAUAUUUAAGAAUGUUAGGGAAAAUAUGAGUGCUUUUAUGGUACCAGGGAAAAAAUGGAGAAAAAUAUGAUGAAGUGCUUGUUGCAGGCCAUUACUGUUGAGGAAGUUGAAGAAAGAUGGGAGAAAUUUGUUGUGAAGUAUGAGUGUGCUGGGCAUGCUCACAUCAAAGGGGUGUGGGAGAACCAGAUCUUUUUUGUUCCAGAUUAGUUCCAAGGAUUGUUUUGCCCUUUCAUUAGGUCAACCAGCCGUAGUGAAAGUUUCAACUCAAAUUUCAAAGACUAUAUCAGGAGGAAAGAUACUAUAGAGGCAUUCAUGAAACAAUACGUGCUAUUCCAAGAAAAUGUUGUUCACAUUGAAAACCAAGACAGAUUCUUGUCAAAUGAGAAGAGUCCUAUGUUUUGGAGUCAUCAAGCUAUUGAACGGCAUGCAGCAGCAAUAUAUACCCGAGAAAUUUACUUGAAGUUUCUGACAGAAUUAGUGAAUGUGACAGCUUUUAAAGUUAUAGAAGUUGAGAAGGAGAGAGUGUAUGACUUUAAGAAGCACAUAUGGUAUGAAAAACCAGAAUUCACAAGAGAAAUGCUCAGGGUUAAUGUUGACCUUGCUACUGGGUCAUUUCAAUGUUGUUGUGGGAAAUUUGAGCGUGAUGGUAUUGUUUGCUGCCACAUCCUCAGACUUUUUACACAGUUUGACAUUACCCAUAUUCCAGAUAAAUUAAUAGUUGACAGGUGGACUAUUUCUUUCCGAGAAAAGGAACUAGAGAAGUUCAAGAAAGAUAAUGUGUUGUUUGGAGGUGAUGAUCAAUCACAUAAUGUUGUUAGGUAUGCUAUCCUAAUGAGUAAAGUUGGGGAUGCUUGCUCAGACAUCAGCAAAGAUUCUGAGCUUAGUAAAGAACUCCAUGAUGUUGUUGCUCAAAUUCAUGGCAAGUAUUUGCAGGGAAAGAAACAACAAGAGAAAGUGCAAACUGAGAAUUCAUUGAAAGAUCCUCCUAUACGGUCAUCAAAGUCUAUCAACAAAGUGCAAACUGAUGAUUCAUUGAAAGAUCCUCCUGUGCGGUCAUCAAAGUCUGUCAACAAAGGAGAAAGAUUGAAACCACAAUCUAAAAAGAAAUCUAGGAAGAAAUCUACUAUAAAGAAGAAGACUAGUUGAAGAUUCACACUGUAAAUGAAUCAUUUUUGGUCCUGCAAAAAGGGAGACAAAAAUAAAACUGUUUCAAUCAUUUUAGAUGAAUUAUGAUUGUUGUGCGCAUGAAGAGAAUGAUAAUUUACACUUGUUAUAAUUAAAUUUGAGCUUGAACUAUUUGUUUUUGUUUGUGCUAAGAACAAGAGUGGAAGUAGAUUUCUUAUUUGUUAUC